AGUAGAAAACUAGAAACCAUCCAAUCCAAUCGAUUGUUUGGCAAAAAGCCACAAAAGCAAGUAAGAAAGAUAGACUCAGCUCACUAAUCAAUGGCCACGGCGGCGUUAUCUCCGGCCACCGUUUCCCUCCGUCUAAAACCCUUUUCCACCACCGUCCGCUUCCUUUCGAUAUACAACCAUCACCACCACCACCCAACACCCACUAAACUCAGCCACCAAACACUCCUCAAAAACCCACAAAACCACCACUCUCCAAGAUUCUCAAUAAACAACACAACCCACAAACGAUUCUUCUCGAUAUCCGCUACCGUGUCGUCUGGAGAAACCGCUGAGAAGCCGAAAACCGAACAAAGAGUUGGGGAGUUUCGGAAAAGGUUGAGAAUUGUUGAUAUCAAAGGAGGGGAAAAUGAGGGUUUGGAUAGAUUAGGGGACACGUUGACUGUUCGAGGCUGGGUUCGAACUCUUCGUGUGCAAAGCAGUGUUACUUUCAUUGAGGUGAAUGAUGGUUCAUGUCUCUCGAACAUGCAGUGUGUGAUUGACUCAGAUGCUGAAGGUUAUGAUCAGGUGGAGAGUGGUCUGAUAGCCACCGGUGCAUCAGUUUGUGUACAAGGAGUUGUGGUUCCCAGUCAAGGAAAGAAGCAAAAAGUAGAGUUGAAGAUUCACAAACUUGUUACGGUUGGUAAAAGCGAUCCAUCAUUUCCUAUCCAGAAGAAAAAAGUCACCCGAGAAUUUUUAAGAAGCAAGGCGCAUCUUCGUCCUAGAACAAACACUUUUGGUGCGGUUGCAAGGGUAAGGAAUGCUUUGGCCUAUGCUACACAUAAAUUUUUUCAAGACAAUGGGUUUGUUUGGGUCUCAAGUCCAAUCAUUACCGCUUCAGAUUGUGAAGGAGCCGGCGAGCAAUUUUGUGUAACAACAUUGAUACCAACCUCUAAAGAAGUCAUUGAUUCUCCGGCUGAUGCCAUUCCAAGAACAGAAAAAGGUUUAAUUGAUUGGUCACAAGAUUUUUUUGAAAAACCGGCAUUCUUGACGGUCUCUGGUCAACUUAAUGCUGAAACAUACGCGACCGCUCUUUCUGAUGUGUAUACGUUUGGUCCUACAUUUCGGGCAGAAAAUUCCAACACGUCUAGACAUUUGGCUGAAUUCUGGAUGAUUGAGCCUGAGCUUGCAUUUGCGGACCUGAACGAUGACAUGGCCUGUGCCACUGCCUAUCUCCAGUAUGUCGUGAAACAUGUUCUUGAAAAUUGCAAGGAAGAUAUGGAUUUUUUCAAUAACUGGAUUGAGAAAGGAAUCAUCGACCGUUUGAAUGAUGUGGUCGAGAAAAGCUUUGUGCAAUUGACUUAUACUGAUGCUGUCGAACUGCUUUUAAAGUCAAAGAAGAAAUUUGAGUUUCCGGUAACAUGGGGUGCUGAUUUGCAAAGUGAGCACGAGCGGUACAUAACUGAGAAGGCUUUUAAUGGUUGCCCUGUUAUUAUAACAGAUUACCCAAAGGAUAUCAAGGCAUUCUACAUGCGGCAAAAUGAUGAUGGAAAAACUGUUGCAGCCAUGGAUUUGCUGGUUCCUCGGGUUGGUGAGCUUAUUGGUGGAAGUCAAAGGGAAGAACGUCUUGAUUACCUAGAAAAUCGCCUUAGUGAAAUGAAUCUCAACAAGGAGAGCUUUUGGUGGUACCUGGAUCUUCGGCGUUAUGGCACAGUUCCACAUGCAGGUUUUGGGUUGGGUUUUGAGAGGCUUGUACAAUUUGCCACUGGAAUAGAUAACAUUCGAGACACAAUACCAUUUCCCCGAGCACCUGGCUCUGCUGAAUUUUGACAUUGAAUAUGCCUCGACUGGUUCUUUUUUUUUUGAGAAAUAUAUUUAUUGUGCUACUACACUCCUUUUUUUUUUCUCCCUAUUCAAAUGCAACUUUCCCCAUCUGUAAAUUUAGUCAUAGAAAAGGGAAGAUUCUUGUAUUUUCUUAAGCAUAAUAUACUUUCUACAA